AUGGCCGGCGUCAGCGUGAGCGAGGCCCUCCUCCGGGCGGGUGCGUCUCAGACGCACGUGGAGGAUGCCACUGAGGACCUGCAGAUGCAGCCGUUGGUUCCGGCUCCAGCUCCGGAUCCCCAAAAGUGGCUUAGCACUGCUCUCUGGCAGCUUCCCUAUGCCUCAGCUUUGAGCCAGGGGCAACUGAAGAAGAUGAAGAGGGUAUGCAGCCUGUCGGAAAGCGAUUUCGAUUCCCUUUGCGACAUCGUUAAAAGGGGCUCUCGAUUCCCGGGCUGCCUCUUUGGCGCGAUGAUUGCAUGUCUCUUCAUCCUCCUGCUCUCGAUGAUCGUCUUCUUUCUGUCAGGAAGAGCCUUUGAGAAAAACCCUGACCCGCCUCCAUACUACAUAGUGGGCCAAGAAUCUCUCUUGGUCUGCUUCUGCCUGGCCGCAGUGUAUAUGUGCGCACUUCCCCGAGCAAAUCGUCAGAUCACGCGCGAUCUCAACCAACACUUCCGGGGGCAUGCAAGCAGCUUAAGCUUCCAUCUCGUCGUCAGACAAAGAACUCUUUAUUGCCUGGAGACUGCAUGGGGACUCGUGGUGGGCUAUGAAACCAGGACUGAUGGAAGCGCCUGA